AUGGCGGUGGCGGCUGGGAGGAUGCAGUAUGAAUUGCUUGGUGUGUGUGCCGGGGCGACUAGGGGCGAGAUCAAGGCGGCGUACCGGCGUCUGGCCAGGGAGGUGCACCCGGACGCUGCUGGUGGCGGCGACGACGAGGGGUUCAUCCGGCUGCACACGGCCUACGCCACGCUUGCCGACCCCGACGAGCGCGCAUGCUACGACCGUGACGUGGCCUGCCGCACCACGGGAAUGAUGAUGCGGCGGGCAGCGGCGGCUGGGCCGGCGUUUCGGUGGAGGACAUGGGAGGCCGACCAGUGCUGGUAG